AUGCACCAAGAGCUCUAAAAAUUGGAAUAGUUGAAUAGUUAAGAAUUGGAAUUGGUAAAAUAGGUAUAUGAAUAAAAAGUUGUUUAUUUAAAUACUAAGAUCUACAUGCUCUCCAAAGAACUGGAGUAAAAAACAUCUGAAGUGUCAAAGAUAAAAAGGAGUUAAAUUGUUGUUUAAGAGGAUCCAAUUCAAGAAGACAACUUAAUUGAAAUAGAAAGAGCUAAGACUUAGGAUUUAGUAAAGGAAACUAAAGAAUAGAUGGAAUAAGAGUUGCUCGAAAUAAGGUCUCAGUACUCUAAGGAAAUAUUAGAGCUUUAAAAGCAGCUCAGAAAGAGAGACUUAAUGAUAGAGUAAUUAAUGAUCGAAAUAUAAAUGUAUAAAAAUUGUUAAAAUUAAAAUCUCGACAAAAUGAAGGUAGAAUAUCUUUCCUAAUUGAUUGAGAUUGUUUAGGAUAUCUAAAUAUAAAUUUAGCAAUGA